AUGGACUGGCCACGAUUUUGGGGACAGUUUAGCGAGACCAUCGACAAAACAAGCGUCGCGCCGAUAACGAAAUUCUCAUACCUACGAGAACUGCUCGACUUCAAAGUAAAACGAACAAUAGAGGCGUUACCCUUCACAUCAGAGGGAUACAAUCGCGCAAAGAGCAUCUUUGUAGAAAAGUACGGUAAAGAGUCUGAGAUCGUGAAAGCAUACACUAGAGAAAUUUUGGACAUUCCUUCAGUACAAAACGCGAAUCCAAAGAAAAUCAGCGAAUUCAGCGAGAAAUUAACAUAUUGCGUGCAGGCCUUGCAGACGCUUAAGAAACUCGAGCAAGUCAAUGGGGCGGUGUCCAUGACGCUAGACAAAUUGCCAGCCAUACGCGGAGACCUCGUUCGAACAGAUCCAGAUUGGGAGAGCUGGGAUUUCGCUAGUCUUUCCGAAGCAAUUCGACUGUGGGCGAGACGGAAUCCGGCGGAAAUGACACGAACUGAGCGCGAACAAGAGCAAUCAGCCAAAAGAUUUACACGCCCAACCAAAAUGUAUCAUGCGCGUCGAGAACUCCCUGGACCUCGUGGUUGUGUAUACUGCGGCGAAGAUCACAGACCUGUGGAAUGCACAAAGAUUAAGGGCCUGUCAGAUCGCAGACAAAUUUUACUAAAUAAGCGUUUAUGUUUCAAUUGUGUGUCUGGGAACCACCGCGCGUUCUAUUGUCCGAGCAAAUCAGCCUGUCAACGCUGCCAUAAGCGUCACCACACGUCGAUUUGUGACACACCAAACCCGACAAGCCAAGUUAACCAGCCACCAGCACAUGGAGUCGCUUUGACAACAAACCAAACUGUAGAGGGUCUAUUCCCAGUAGUCAUCAUAGAUGUCAACGGAAUUAAAUGCAGAGCGCUUAUCGAUUCUGGAGCAGGCAGUUCGUACGUGUCGGCAAAGCUGAUCGAACUACUUCGCUUAAAGCCAACCGAUGUCCAGACAAAAACGAUCGAUAUGCUGAUGUCCUCUAAGAUUGCCAGACUCGAAGUCUACGAUCUCGAACUAAGAUCUGUCAACCAUCAAUUUUCGCUGUCAGUCAAAGCUACCAAAGUGAACAAGACAGAGUUGUUGUCUAUUGAAAACCCUAAUUAUCGCACGCUAAUUGAGAAGCACCCACACUUGAAAGGCGUAAAUGUUUACGAUGAUGACACAAAAGCGUCUCUUCCGGUUCACGUGGUGCUUGGCAGUGGGGAAUACGCCAGAAUUAAAACGGAAACAAAGCCAAGAAUUGGACAAGAGAAUGACCCUAUCGCAGAACUCACCAAAUUCGGAUGGUUUCUGAUGUCCCCGGGAAAGGAGUUUGACAAAAACACCAUGCUUCUCACCCAGACAAGUCAAAGCAACUACGAAGAUCUGUGCAGAUUGGACGUCUUGGGAUUGCGUGAUAUAGCAGAUCAUGACCAGUCGAUGGUAUUUGAUGAGUUUAAGGAACGCCUAACGCGCUCGCCAGAAGGUUGGUACGAGACCACCCUCCCAUGGAAAGCUAACCACGCAGAACUGCCCUCAAACAAGGAAGGUAGCUUAAAACGACUCAAGAACCUCAGUAGAAAACUUCAACGCGAGGGACUGACGGCUUAA